UGUUCUGACGGAGCGCGUUUGAGUGGAGACGUACACCGUCCUCUCCUCUCCUCCGUCCUCUCGGGCUGGUAAUAAUAUUACUAAUAAUAAAAAAAAAUCAGCUAAACCGUCAAAUUUAGAGAAAGGGGAAGUACAUCACUGAUGGCACAGUGGACAAUACUUCUGUUUUCUUUGUGCGGACUUGUGCGUGGACAAGAGAUUCAGCCUCUUACUGUGCAAGAGUGUUGCCAGGAUGGGAGGGAUCGGGCCUUGCGAGGACAAGACUGUACAAUCCUCCCCCUCAUCUCCUCCUCCCACACCUGCAGGAUCGCUCAGGAGCAGUGCUGUGCAGCAGUAGUAGAGGACAAACUCUGUGACAAUGGUAUCAAAAUGGCCCGUUGGCAAGGGGCCUGUGAGAGGCCCUUCUUCCAAGGAGAACCCUGGGAAACCCAAAUCUCCAAGAUGUGCUGUGACUGCUGCACGCUCGGUCUGAUGUUAGAAAGCCGGGGUUCCAGCUGCGAGCUUCAGGGUUUGUUUCUGGGGAAACAGUGUGCAUACGCUGCUAAGAACUGCUGUGGAAAGAACACCACAGAGGAAAUCAAACCAACCGUCAAAGUCCCAGUGACAGAACAGCCUGAGGUCAACGUUACUGCAAAGGCUCCAGAGGAAACAGACACCUGUAGAGACUCCAUUUGCUCACAGCUGUGUGUGGGUAAUGGUACGUGUGCCUGCCACGAUGGUUAUCAACUGCAAAAGGAUGGAGUGAAUUGUGAGGAUGUUAAUGAGUGUCUGAUUGGCAGUCACAACUGCAUCUUCGGCCAAGUUUGUAUUAACACAGAGGGCUCCUUUCGCUGUCAGAGGGAAACCGGCUGUGGCACCGGGUACGAACUCACCGACAACAACAACUGCAAAGACAUUGAUGAAUGCAUUUUGGGAACCCAUAACUGCGGACCGGCCUUUUUGUGCACCAACACAGAAGGCUCAUUCCGCUGUCACCCAAAGGAAAAGUGCUCUGACGGAUUCAUUCAGGAUGCCAUUGGCAGCUGUAUUGAUAUAAACGAGUGUGUGGCCCAUACCACUCCAUGCCUCCCUGGCCAGACUUGUAUCAACACAGUGGGCUCUUACACCUGUCGCAGGAACACAGUCACCUGUGGACGAGGCUAUCAUCUUACUGAGGAUGGCACACGUUGUGAAGACAUAGAUGAAUGUCGUACAGGCAAUGUGUGUGGUGACCAUGGUUGCAUCAACCUGGUGGGCUCGUACCGCUGUGAGUGCAGAAUCGGUUUCCUCUUCAACACCAUCACCAAACUGUGUGAAGAUAUCAAUGAGUGCAGGCAUUAUCCUGGACGACUGUGCGCCCACAAGUGUGAGAACACAGAGGGGUCCUACCAGUGCAGCUGCACAACCGGCUUCAAACUGUCUCACGAUGGCAGAAACUGUGACGAUGUCAAUGAGUGUGAGGCCAACCCUUGCAGCCAGGAGUGUGCCAAUGUCUAUGGCUCCUACCAGUGCUACUGUCGCCGUGGUUACCAGCUGAGUGACAUUGAUGGGAUAACAUGUGAAGAUAUUGAUGAGUGUGCACUGCCUACUGCUGGUCAUGUGUGCUCCUACCGCUGCUCCAAUGCCCCGGGGAGUUUCUACUGCACCUGCCCACCCACGGGCUACACACUCGCCCCCAAUGGACGCACAUGCCAAGAUAUCGAUGAGUGUGCAGUGGGGAGCCACACCUGUUCCAUCUCUGAGAGCUGUUUCAACGUCCAGGGAGGAUUUCGCUGUCUGUCCUUUGAAUGUCCUCCAAACUUCCGGCAAGCAACACCAGGAUCCAAGAACGAUGGCUCAGUCAGUCUGCGUUGUAUUAAGGCCUGUCAACCUAACGACUUCAGCUGCGCUCAUGACCCUGUCCACCUCAUCACCCACACCGUCCUCUCUUUGCCAACAUUCAGAGACUUCAGUGAACCAGAGGAAAUAGUUUUCCUGCGGACAAUCACAGCAGCUAACCCUACUCCUCACCCCGGUGCUACCGAUCUGUUCUUUGACAUCCUUGGCGCAGAUGACCAGUUCUCCUUUGACGUGGUGAAGCGCUCUGACCAAGGCAUGAUCAUGGGUGUCGUACGGCAGGUGAAACCUAUCAUUGGCCCCAAGGAUCUGGUGCUGCAGGUGGCCAUGAACUAUAUCAAGUCAGGGAACAUUUCCCAUCGCAACGUUGUAAUCAUCCAUGUCUUCAUUUCUGAGUUCUGGUUUUGAGCUGUUAGAUAUAGUUUGGAAUAACUGGGGACACCUGUCUUAUCUUGUUUAACACUUAAAAAUGCCUUAAAGGUUAACACUGUUGCUUUCAAGAUAAGAUAAAUAGAUGCAUUUUGUUAAUUUUCAAGUGGUUUAGCUGCACUUAAUUCUGGUGGCAGUUUGCAAACCAAACAGGUCAUUGUUUACAAUAGAUCUUUGUCAUUUCCACAGAGUAGAUAAUCAAAAAUAAGACACAUUAUCAAUAGAUACUGAACAAGACUAAGAGUCGAUGGUCAUGCUAGUGGUUCUGUGAGGCUGCAGCACAGUAAUGCUUUGAGCUAAAUGCAAACAUCAGCCUGCUAACAUGCUCACAAUGUCAAUGCUGACAUACUGAUGUUACGCAGGUACAGUAGUUUAGCAUGUUAUCAUGCUAACAUUCACUAAUUAGCACUAAGUGCAGCUGAAGCUAAAGGGAAUGUUAUUACUUUUGCAGGUUUGUGGGUCAAAACUUAAGUUUUGGACAAAUUAAAAUUUUGAAAUGAUGAUGGCGCCAGAUGAAAAGACAGGGGGUCAUCAACAUGAUGUGACAGUUCAUCCUGAGGGGAACAUGAACGUGUGUACCAAAUUUCAUAACAUACCAUCCAAUAGUAUUUGAGACAUUUCACCCAACAAUGUAACAAUGGCAUUAGAGGAAAAGGCAAGGGAUCACCAAAGUCAUUGGGAUUCAUCUUUUGGGUGCCAUAGCUGCCUGUACCAAAUUCAAUGGCAAUCCAUCCAAUAGUUGUGAAGACAUGUCCUUAAAAAACAAAAAUGACAACCUCAUGGUAGCGCAAGACGAAAUGUCAGGGUAUCACCAAAGUCACUUGGAUUCAUCGUCUGGGCACCAUUCAUGUCUGUGCAAAGCUUCAUGGCAAUCCAUCCAGUAGUUGAGAUAUUUCAGUUUGGACCAAAGUGGUGGAAAGACCGACAUUGCCAUCCGUAAAGCCACCCUGCCUGCAUGGAAAGUUACUGUUCAAGCAACAAAACAGACUCAUUUCUCAGUCACUGUAAGUCACAUGCCUUUUAAGAGAGUGGAAUAAAAUAAUGUCAUAGAUUAACAGGGUGCAAACAGCCAACUGUCAUCUCCUUAACCACCGUCUGCUGUGUUUAACUUGAAUUCAGACUUUGUUGUCGUGAGUGCCACUAUGAUGCACGAUCGGUUAAACCUGUGGAACCGUUUGAUAUUUGCUCCAUUUCAUCUGUUUUGAGAGAAUUAAAGCAACAUACUUUGUUUGAUAAUACUUCACAAAUGGACUUGCUUUCAACAACAUUAAUUGUGUUUUGUACCAUCAGACUGCACCACCAUCUGUGAAUA